AUGCCUCCGAAUCCCCCUCAGCGUAAGGCUUUAUCCUUUGAAAACCCGUCGCUUUCAGACGAAGAUGUCGGUCUCUUGUAUCAGAUCGUUAUCCGCGCGGAGCUCGAUCCGGACGCCAACCGACUUCCCUUCAGGGCGUUGUUCAAAGCGUACGAUGAGGUCAUUGCCGAGCAUGAAGUGGACGCGGAUCCAGGCCAUGCCUGUCUGCGCUUCCUCUUCAAGAUGGGAAGCAAAGAAGUCGUAGGCGAUUCUCUCUUUGAAAAGUUCGAGAAUCUGCUUCGCCAAAUGGGUAUUGUCAUUGAAUUUGGAGGCGAUGAUACCUUCACCGAGACGAAUGAUACAUAUGAGGAUAAAGAACCCUCAAUUGAAGGGUUGCGCAAUAGGAGGGUUGAUCUCGAUACGACGUCAAGGGAGGAUACCACGCAGACAAGGCGCCGUAGGCGAGCAUCCUUCAACUCUAUGUAUGAUGUUGGUGAAGACAUUACGCAAAGAAGCUUCGUCAACCGUCCGAGCUCGCGUUCCUCCAUGUCGCGUCUGCAGACAGGGAAGACUGAAUUCCCUGAGCCGACACCGGCCCGGGCCGAGAAACAACGGACCUCUCCUGACAGGACUCAAUUAAUGGCUCAGUUUGUGGACGUUGGGCGUAAGUUGAUGCGCCGAAUGGAGGAGCUGGCUUCUAAGGAUGAGAGACGGGAUAAAACACCAGCUUUUGUUGGCAAAGAUGCCAGAUCUGCAGUUGACCGAGACCGUUCUGAGAGAAUGGCAGAAGCCUCGCAAUCAAAGUCACGGUCCCGGGCUGCCCGCGCCGCGAGCUCCACAGCCUCGGAUGAAGACAGUGAAGGGUCUACUACAUCCUCACAGGAGGACGCGCACAACCCUUUCGAGAAAAGGGAGGUACCCCCGGAAAUGCUAUAUAGACCAUCACUCUCCGAUUUGCUGCGCGAUGCUUCGACAUUCAAUAUGUAUCGUCAGCGCGCAAUCGCUCGGCGCAUUCUGACGCAGUGGUUGAAGAAGGCGGUUCAGACACAGCAGACUCACAGAAACAUGGAGGUGGUCGCGGUCAAUCGCGACAGGAUAACCCUCCUACGGCAAGCUUUUGAUACGUGGCGUACAAUUAUCCAAGAUAAACGCCGGGUUGCUCAAACAGAGAAAUUUUUCAAACAUCUCGAAGAGCGUGCUGGACGCGCUAGAGAUCUCUAUCUUAUGACCAAAGCUUUCACGCAUUGGGCGCAAAUCGCCUCUGACGAAGUUGCAAAAACGUCAGCUGCCCGACGGCAUAUUCUUCGUGUCAAGUAUUUCAACGCCUGGCGUGAAAUCACAGCUGUCAACGAGCUGAAAGCUCAGCGAUUCGCGCUGCGAAGACCCUUUAAUGCCUGGCGAAGCAAGGCCAGAGAAGCGAAGGAAAUGGAGCAAAGAGCAGUGGCUGUCCAUAACAAAAAAGUGUCACAUGCGGUCUACUGGCAAUGGUUCUGGAGUUUCUGUGAUCGGCGGGCGCCCCAGUGGUACGAUCAUCGCCUCAAGCGACGUUCCUUGCUUUACUGGUUGCGAAAGUUCCGCAUGAAUAGGGAGCGUAUUCAAGAGAUAGACGCGAAGAAUAAGCAUACUGCGACUGCGACAGCUUGGCAGCUAUGGCAUCAGAGAUCUCAAGCUAUUGUUGCUGCGGAAAAAGACGCUAUAUCUAUGGAUCGCAAGCAAGUCCUGCAGGAAAAACUCGAGGAAUGGAGAGUCGAGGCUCGAUUACGCCCAAUUGCUUCUCGCGUCUCCGCGACGAUAGAUAGAAAUAUUACCCAAACGGCAUUCUCGCAGUGGGCCAAACGGCUCCGAAUGCUCAGAGAAGCGAAAGAAGUGGAUCGACUAAGGGUUAUGCGCAAUGCUUGGACCGCUUGGAAUGAUCUACUUCGAUGUCAGGCUCUGACUGCGCGGAUAGAAGAGCGCAUGAAGAUGGAAAUCAUGUACAAAUGGAUUCUCGCGGAACGGUUUCGACUGAUGCAAAGGAUUCGCGAUCAACGAAUCACCCGCGAUGUGUUCGCUAGGUUUGUGACAAACGUGCGUGACACUUAUACACGUUUGUUGCAGCAUGCCGAUGUACAUGAGGAGUACCGCAACGAAGAACUUCUCCGAUCGAAAUUCAUCUGCUGGCGGGAACAGCUUGCGCUUCAGCGCCAACGCGAAGUGGCUGCGGCUGAAUUCUAUGCGCCACGCCUUCAGCAGGAAUCGCUCGUGGCCUGGCACUCGAAACACCAACACACGACGAAAUUGGAGGGGUGGGCUCGCGACGCACGGUAUUACUUCCUAGCGACCCGAACGAUCAAAAAGUGGCACAAGGCUACAUUGGACUCUGCCAAGCGUCGUCGUCAGGAGGCCUAUGCCAAAAUGCGGCGAAAGAUCAAGAUCAAUCUUGCCCUCAAAGCGCUAACGCACUGGCAUUCGAGAGCUCAGCAUGUAGCAGAAUUGGAGCAGCAAGGCAUAGCCCUUUGCCGGAGCAAGACUUUGGUUAUCGCAGCACAAUAUGUGGAGACAUGGCGCGACUCGACAGAUAAAAGAGUACAGGACUGCGAAGAAGCAGACAUCUUGUACGCCCGCCAGAUUGCUCGAGGUCAACUGGCACGCUGGAGGGAAUCGUCCGCCAAGUAUCGCGACCUGAAGCAACAAGCGAACGACGUUUACCGCCUGCACGGCUUGGGUCGCGCAAACGGCCAGCUUCGCAAACUCAGCCUUCGCGUCUUCCAGAUCAAGAGCUCUUUCGAAACUGCAAAUUCUAUGCAUGAACGCAACUUGAGAAAACAUGCAAGAAGCAUGUUCCGCCAUUGGUUAGAGAAGGCCAGAAUGAGACUUGAAGCCCGAGACAUUCCGGGUCCAUUGAAAACUCCUGCAAGAGCCUUUGACGGUGCACUCACGAACGGGACAGACGAGGCCAUUUUUGAUCCUUGGUAUCGAAAUGAGACUCCAUUCAAGCUCAGCGAUUUCCGUACCGAGUCUCAAGUACCCUCAGCAACUCCGCUAACCACCCCUAACUACAUGAUGUCUCCGUCCAAGCGAGCCGCGCGAGCCAAAGCGCUCACGCAAAUUUCUACAACCCCUGCGACGCCUCUGUAUACGCCGUUUGCCAGUCGAUUGUUGCGUGCCGAGGGUAUGGGCACGCGGACUGGUUCAAGCUUCCGGAAUCGCAGUGGCCGGGGCAACGGCUUAGGCACAAGUGUGCGAUUUGUCGAUCAACCCCCUCAGUCGCCGACUGACGGUCGAGGCUCGGGGAAUCGACGUCCCUGA